GACGUGGACGUGGACCUGGACGUGGACUGGUCGUGGACUUGGACGUGGACGUGGACAUGGUCGUGGACGUGGACGUGGACCUGGACGUGGACGUGGACUUGGACGUGGACGUGGACGUGGACGUGGUCGUGGACGUGGACGUGGUCGUGGUCGUGGACAUGGACGUGGACGUGGACGUGGACGUGGACCUGGACGUAGACGUGGACUUGGACGUGGACUUGGACUUGGACGUGGACGUGGACGUGGACGUGGUCGUGGACGUGGACGUUGACGUGGUCGUGGACGUGGACGUGGACGUGGACUUGGACGUGGACGUGGACGUGGAUGUGGACGUGGACGUGGACAUGGACGUGGUCGUGGACGUGGACGUGGACGUGGACGUGGACGUGGUCGUGGACGUGGACGUGGACGUGGACGUGGACAUGGACGUGGUCGUGGAUGUGGACGUGGACGUGGACGUGGUCGUGGACCUGGACGUGGUGGUGGACGUAGACGUGGACGUGGACGUGGACGUGGUCGUCGACGUGUACAUGGACGUGGACGUGGUCGUGGACGUGGACGUGGACGUGGUCGUGGACGUGGACGUGGACGUGGACCUGGACCUGGACGUGGACGUGGACUUGGACGUGGACGUGGACUUGGACGUGGACGUGGACGUGGACGUGGUCGUGGACGUAGACGUGGACGUGGACCUGGACGUGCACGUGGACGUGGACGUCGACGAUCAAUGGGGGAUCACCAGUGGACCUCUGACAGACGUGGACGUGGUCGUGGACGUGGACGUGGACGUGGACCUGGACGUGGACAUGGACGCGGACGUGGACCUGGACGAGGACGUGGACGUGGACGUGGACGUGGACGUGGUCGUGGACGUGGACGUGGACGUGGACGUGGACGUGAUCGUGGACGUGGACGUGGACGUGGACGUGGACGUGGACGUGGUCGUGGAUGUAAACGUGGACGUGGACGUGGUCGUGGACGUGGACGUGGACGUGGACAUGGACGUGGACGUGGACGUGGACAUGGACGUGGACGUGGACUUGGACUUGGACGAGGACGUGGACGUGGACGUGGACGUGGUCGUGGACGUGGACGUGGUCGUGGACAUGGACGUGGACGUGGACGUGGACUUGGACGUGGACGUAGACUUGGACGUGGUCGUGGACGAGGACGUGGACGUGGUCGUGGACGUGGACGUCAACGUGAUCGUGGACGUAGACUUGGUCGUGGACGUGGACGUGGACGUGGACUUGGACGUGGACGUGGACGUGGACGAGGACGUGGAUGAGGACGUGGUCGUGGACGUGGACGUGGACGUGGACGUGGACGUGGUCGUGGUCGUGGACGUGGACGUGGACGUCGAUGUGGACAUGGACGUGGACCUGGAUGUGGACGUGGACUUGGACGUGGACGUGGACGUGGACGUGGAGGACGUGGACGUGGACGUGGAGGACGUGGACGUGGACGACGUGGACGUGGACGUGGUCGUGGACGUGGACGUGGACAUGGACUUGGACGUGGACGUAGACGUGGACGUGGUCGUGGACGUGGACGUGGACGUGGACGUGGUCGUGGACAUGGACGUGGACAUGGACGUGGACCAGGACGUGGACGUGGACGUGGACCUGGAUGUGGACGUGGACUUGGACGUGGACGUGGACGUGGACGUGGAGGACGUGGACGUGGACGUGGAGGACGACGUGGACGUGGACGUGGACAUGGACGUGGACGUGGUCGUGGACGUGGACGUGGACUUGGACGUGGACGUGGACGUGGACCUGGACGUGGACGUGGACGUGGACGUGGACGUGGAAGUGGACCUGGACGUGGACGUGAACGUGGACGUGGACGUGGUCGUGGACGUGGACGUAGACGUGGACGUGGACGUGGACGUGGACCUGGACCUGGACCUGGACUUGGACGUGGACUUGGACGUGGACGUGGACGUGGACGUGGACAUGGACGUGGACGUGGACGUGGUCGUCGACGUGGUCGUGGACGUGGACGUGGACAUGGACGUCGACGUGGACGUGGACGUGGACCUGGAUGUGGACGUGGAAUUGGACGUGGACGUGGACGUGGACGUGGACGUGGAGGAUGUGGACGUGGAGGACGUGGACGUGGACGACGUGGACGUGGACGUGGACGUGGUCGUGGACGUGGACGUGGACCUGGACGUGGACGUGGACGUGGACGUGGACGUGGACAUGGACAUGGAGGACGUGGACGUGGACGUGGACGUGGUCGUGGACGUAGACGUGGACGUGGACGUGGACCUAGAUGUGGACGUGGACUUGGACGUGGACGUGGACGUGGAGGACGUGGACGUGGAGGACGUGGACGUGGACGACGUGGACGUGGAUGUGGACGUGGACCUGGUCGUGGACGUGGACGUGGAGGUGGACGUGAACGUGGACUUGGAAGUGGACGUGGACCUGGACGUGGACCUGGACGUGGACGUGGACGUGGACCUGGACAUGGACGUGGACGUGGACAUCGACGUGGUCGUGGACGUGGACGUAGUCGUGGACAUGGACGUGGACCUCGAUCUCGACCUGGACGUGGACGUGGACGUGGACUUGGACGUGGACGUGGACGUGGACGAGGACGUGGAUGUGGACGUGGUCGUGGACGUGGACGUGGACGUGGACGUGGUCGUGGUCGUGGACGUGGACGUGGACGUCGAUGUGGACAUGGACGUGGACCUGGAUGUGGACGUGGACUUGGACGUGGACGUGGACGUGGACGUGGAGGACGUGGACGUGGACGUGGAGGACGUGGACGACGUGGACGUGGUCGUGGACGUGGACGUGGACAUGGACUUGGACGUGGACGUGGACGUCGACGUGGACGUGGACGUGGUCGUGGACGUGGACGUGGACGUGGACGUGGUCGUGGACAUGGACGUGGACAUGGACGUGGACCAGGACGUGGACGUGGACGUGGACCUGGAUGUGGACGUGGACUUGGACGUGGACGUGGACGUGGACGUGGACGUGGAGGACGUGGACGUGGACGACGUGGACGUGGACGUGGACGUGAACAUGGACGUGGACGUGGUCGUGGACGUGGACGUGGACUUGGACGUGGACGUGGACGUGGACCUGGACGUGGACCUGGACGUGGACGUGGACGUGGACCUGGACGUGGACGUGAACGUGGACGUGGACGUGGUCGUGGACGUGGACGUAGACGUGGACUUGGACGUGGACGUGGACCUGGACCUGGACCUGGACUUGGACGUGGACUUGGACGUGGACGUGGACGUGGACGUGGACAUGGACGUGGACGUGGACGUGGUCGUCGACGUGGUCGUGGACGUGGACGUGGACAUGGACGUCGACGUGGACGUGGACGUGGACCUGGAUGUGGACGUGGAAUUGGACGUGGACGUGGACGUGGACGUGGAGGAUGUGGACGUGGAGGACGUGGACGUGGACGACGUGGACGUGGACGUGGACGUGGUCGUGGACGUGGACGUGGACGUGGACCUGGACGUGGACGUGGACGUGGACGUGGACAUGGACAUGGAGGACGUGGACGUGGACGUGGACGUGGUCGUGGACGUGGACGUGGACGUGGACGUGGAUGUGGACGUGGACGUGGACGUGGACGUGGACGUGGACGUGGACGUGGACGUGGACGUGGUCGACGUGGACGUGGACGUGGACGUGGACGUGGACGUGGACGUGGAGGACGUGGACGUGGACGUGGAGGACGUGGACGUGGACGUGGUGGUGGACGUGGACGUGGACAUGGACGUGGACAUGGAGGACGUGGACGUGGACGUGGACGUGGACGUGGACGUGGUCGUGGACGUGGACGUGGACUUGGACGUGGACGUGGACGUGGACCUGGACGUGGACCUGGACGUGGACGUGGACGUGGACCUAGACGUGGACGUGGACAUGAACGUGGACGUAGACGUGGACGUGGACGUGGACGUAGACGUAGACCUGGACGUGGACUUGGACGUGGACGUGGACGUGGACGUGGACGUGGUCGUGGACGUGGACGUGGACGUAGACAUGGACUUGGACUUGGACGUCGACGUGGACGUGGACGUGGACAUGGAUGUGGACGUGGACGUGGACGUGGACCUGGACGUGGACCUGGACUUGGACGUGGACUUGGACGUGGACGUGGACGUGGUCGUGGACGUGGACGUGGUCGUGGACCUGGACGUGGACGUGGACGUGGACGUGGACGUGGACGUGGUCGUGGACGUUGACGUGGACGUGGACCUGGACGUGGACGUGGACGUGGACGUGGACUUGGACGUGGACGUGGACGUGGACGUGGACGUGGUCGUGGACGUGGACGUGGACGUGGACGUGGUCGUAGACGUGGACGUGGACGUGGACCAGGACGUGGACGUGGACGUGGACCUGGAUGUGGACGUGGACGUGGAGGUCGACGUGGACGUGGACGUGGACGUGGAUAUGGACGUGGACGUGGUCGUGGACGUGGACUUGGACGUGGACGUGGACGUGGACCUGGACGUGGACCUGGACGUGGACGUGGACGUGGACCUGGACGUGGACGUGAACGUGGACGUGGACGUGGUCGUGGACGUGGACGUAGACGUGGACGUGGACGUGGACCUAGACCUGGACGUGGACUUGGACGUGGACUUGGACGUGGACGUGGACGUGGACAUGGACGUGGACGUGGACGUGGUCGUGGACGUGGUCGUGAACGUGGACGUGGACAUGGACGUCUACGUGGACGUGGACGUGGACCUGGAUGUGGACGUGGACUUGGACAUGGACGUGGACAUGGACGUGGACGUGGACGUGGAGGAUGUGGACGUGGAGGACGUGGACGUGGACGACGUGGACGUGGACAUGGACGUGGUCGUGGACGUGGACGUGGACGUGGACGUGGACGUGGACGUCGACUUGGACGCGGACGUGGACGUGGACGUGAACGUGGACGUGGUCGUGGACGUGGACGUGGACGUGGUCGUGGACGUGGACGUGGACGUGGACGUUGACCUGGACGUGGACGUGGACGUGGACCUGGAUGUGGACGUGGACUUGGACGUCGACGUGGACGUGGACGUGGACGUGGAGGACGUUGACGUGGACGUGGAGGACGUGGAGGACGUGGACGUGGACGUGGACGUGGAGGACGUGGAUGUGGACGUGGACGUGGACGUGGACGUGGACGUGGUCGUGGAUGUGGACGUGGACUUGGACUAG